AGGAAGAUAAAAUUUAUGGUAGGAAAGCUGAUGUUGUAAGAGCUGCUUAUUAUGCUGCUGAGGCAGCUUUACGAUUAGUUAAACCAGGAGGUGAAAAUUCAGCUGUUACUGAUGCUGUCCAAAAAGUAGCAGAAUCGUUUAAAUGUAGACCUGUUGAAGGUAUGUUGUCAUAUCAAUUAAAACAAUAUAGGAUAGAUGGAGAAAAAUCUAUUAUUCAGAAUCCUACAGAAGCUCAAAGGAAAGAACAUGAAAAAUGUGAAUUUGAAUUACAUGAAGUUUAUGCCAUAGAUGUUUUAAUUAGUACAGGUGAAGGAAAAGGUCGAGAAAUGGAUACACGUACCACUGUUUAUAAAAAGACAGAUGAAAUUUAUCAGUUGAAGAUGAAAGCUUCUAGGGCAUUUUUUAGUGAAGUAGAUAAGCGGUUUGGAAAUAUGCCUUUCACAUUAAGGGCAUUUGAUGAUGAGAAGAAGGCACGUAUGGGAGUUGUAGAAUGUGUAAAUCAUAAAUUAGUUGAACCUUUUACAGUUUUAUAUGAAAAAGAAGGAGAAUAUGUAGCUCAGUUCAAAUUUACUGUUUUACUGAUGCCAACUGGGUCUCAUAAAAUUACUUCUGGACCCAUUGAUAUGGAUAUGUAUGAAACAGAAUUUAAAUUAGAAGACGAAUCUUUGAAGAUGCUAUUAAAUAGAGCAGUGGGACCAAAGUCAGCUAAAAAGAAAAAGAAAAAAGCAGAAAAGGCAGUGGCAUCAUCUGUAGAAUCUGGAGACAAAAUUGAAGAUGAAAAACCAGAUGAAAAUAUCAAUAAAGCUGAAGAUUGAAUGACUAUUAAAUAAAAAAAAGGGUGAAAGGAUACAAGUUGUUUACAAAUGGACUAGCACAAAAGCCAAGCACUAUUGCCAGGGGAAGGAGAGGCACCGAUUAUUGGCCAAAAAAAAAAAUUACGUUCACCCGACUACUACAAGAACUCCACACACCGCUCUUGCG